AUGAGCGUGGACCCACGAUCCUAUCUCUCGCGUGAGCUCCCCCAGUCAACCACAGAGCUCGUCUUCCCGGUGACAAGUUUGAUCAGCUUAUCCCUGCUGAGCCUCGUCCUCAUCCACCGAUAUAUCAAGUACCGUUGCCGACGAGCACAUCUCCCUGUCUUGGACACCAAACAAGACGUUGAAAACAAAGACCAAAGUCCCUGGCUCGCAUCGACCAUGGAGAAAGGAGACAUUGCCACAUUCAGCUCGCUCCCGUUGUCCGCUUGCGAUAUCCUCCGGCCGCUGUCCCAUACUAUUCCUUUGCCAAGCAGUGGGGCUCUUGCCGCCAUGGCGAGGGAGGAGCAAGCUCGGAGAUUGCCGUCUGGGAGUAAUCCGGCAUCAACGGAUGCUUUGCCCGUUGCGGAUGAGUCGGUGCAUAAGCACAAUGAGUCGAUUGAGCAAAUGCGCCACGAGGAUAUCGAAGGGGUGAGAACUUGGAAGAGGGUUGUUGUUGAAUAUAGAUAG